CCAGGGAAAGGGAUGUCUAGGACAUGCUUUCAUGUUAAAAAGGAUAGAGUUAAUCCUAUGACCCAAGUUCUGAGUUCUUAAAUUGAAGCCCUCAGUCUGCAGAAGUCACACACAGGAAGUAUCCCAGAAGCAUACAGCAGGGGAGUGUUUCUUUUAGAAAAGCCCUCCUCCUUUCCCUCUGGAAAGACUGACAGCAUGAUCCACCAAUCAGAAAGGAGGAGAGAGAAGGAACCAGCAAGGGGGAAUUGUGGGGAGAGGAAGUGGCUGGGAGAAGGAGACUGGGUGUGUGUGGAGGUGAUGGUGCACAGCUAGACUCACUGGAGGUUGGGGUGUCGUCCCCUCUCAGUGUCAUCAGUGACCAGCCACUCUGUGUGCCCUGCUACAGCUGUCAUUACUGCCCAGGACUGGAGGAGAUAUACAGCAGCUGGUAAGGACUUUGCUGAACUCUGAGUGGACAUUAUUAGUAUAACCCUGCUUGCUGUUCACUGGAUUUCUGGGUCUCCCUGAAUAAAGAUCACCUUGAUUUUCAUUAUAACUGGCUCCACAGUGUGAUCCCUGAACCCCAGGAUACCCAGGUCACCCGGUAUCCUCACAUUUGGCGGCAGCGGUGGGAUAUCACACAGUUCCUGUAGUGUUUCCAGGGAGAGAGUUUCCAGGGAGCUAAUGCACAAAAGUAUCAGCAUGGAGAGUCAGCCAGCAGUUGUGGCCAGCAGUCAAGGGGAGAAUGCAAUGAGAGAGCAGUAGAAGUUUUACCGUACAGCUCGGAAACCUCACCUACAAGGAUUUUGCAGGAUGAAGGGAAUUACUUAUGAUGGGACUGAGACCAGGGAAACUCUGGUACUUCGGUUGUUGGAGUGGGAUCGGGGGCACCCAGAGGAUCCUGACCACCUGAGUGAUGAUGAAGAGGGACCAACAGGCAUUGGUAGUAAUUCAUCCAAUAAGUUACCAGAGUUGACCGAUGCCACUCCUGCCAUACUGCAGAGCUUGCUGGGGGCGCUAGGCGAAGGUGCGACCCCACAGGAGAGAGCUGGAGUGAUCCAAGCUAUACUAGGAGUACAAAUUCCUGCUGGCAGUGGAAUUCCGGAGUCCCCCCGAAGUUUUGAACAAGAGAAGCGACGCUUGGGAUUUAAGGAUGUUCCCACAUUUCGGGAAAAUGAAACAGACAUUGACACUCACCUCCAGAUCUUUGAAAUUCUCAUGGGGGUGCAUGGAAUAGAGCCAGCUGACUGGCCAAAGUACUUGGGGCCAAGUCUCACUGGCAGGGCUCUGGAAGCCUAUCGGGCCCUAACCCCCCAGGAAUGUGGAGUCUAUGCCUUUAUAAAGAAAGCAUUGCUUGCUAAGUUCCAGAUAACUGCAGAAUCUUAUCGUCUUAAAUUCAGGACACUGAAUAAAGGUGGAACUGAUUCCUACCAAGAGUUUGCUAGUCAGCUACGGCAAGCCUGUGGGAAAUGGCUUGAAGGAAGACAGGCCUCCACUGUGGAGCAGAUUGUCAACUUAAUUGUGGUAGAACAGCUAAUGAUUAAGAUGGCACCAGAGGUACGGGAGUGGGUCGCAGACAGGAAGCCCAGUACACCUGAACAAGCUGCGGUAUGGGCUGAUGAAUAUAUAGCCAAUCGUCCGCAAUGGAGAAUCUUCAGUGCAGCAGGCGGUACAAGAAACCCACGAGUGGAGAAGCUCUCUGAUAAAGAACCGCAAGUCAAAGAUAGUAAUAAAGGAGGCCCUAUCAAAAACAUCACUUAUCAGCCACCCAGAUUCAGAGUGGCUAACCCAGAACCUCGGAAGUGUUAUCGCUGCAAUCAACCAGGACACGUGCUUAGGGACUGUCCACGCACAAGAGGGCCAUUCCCUGGGGCUAGACCGGCUCCAGUCUCUGUGGUAUGUUACCCCACGGAGGAGUAUGGUGAAGAGGUCGUCCAGUCAGAUAUGGAUGGGAUGAUGGGUGGGGUGUAUAUUGUGGACUUGGUUCUGGGGGAGGAGAAGGCGACUCCCUGGAAUAUGCGAGGGCACCUACAGACUGUGAUAGUGGAGAACCAGCAGGUACAGGGCCUACGAGACUCUGGGGCCUCACUUACGUUGAUUGAGCCAGACCUGAUUCCUGCCUCCCAGGUGAUACCUGGACAGUAUGUGCGAAUUGCCACUGCCGGGGGACAACAGGCCGAUAUUCCUGUUGCCAAGAUACAUCUGGACUGGGGAGCUGACCAAGGAAUCGUGGAAGUCGGAGUACUCAAGGGGCUACCAGCCAAGGUAAUCCUCGGGAAUGAUCUGGGACAAGGACUAGUGACACGCUUCGUCCAGGUGGUAACCAGAAGCCAAACACGAAGAGAGGUGACCCAGGCUACAGAUAUGGUCCAGAAUCAGCCUACCCAGACAAUGGGACGAGACCAUCACAAUGCUGACGGGUUAUCCAGACGUGAGGAAACAAAUGCCAGACUUCGCAGACCUUCGGGCCGAGACAACAGUCAGGACUCCAACAUUGGCAUCAUGCCUGUCUCCUCGAUUUAAGAAGGGGGAGGUAUGUGAGGAGACCAGGGAAAGGGAUGUCUAGGACAUGCUUUCAUGUUAAAAAGGAUAGAGUUAAUCCUAUGACCCAAGUUCUGAGUUCUUAAAUUGAAGCCCUCUGUCUGCAGAAGUCACACACAGGAAGUAUCCCAGAAGCAUACAGCAGGGGAGUGUUUCUUUUAGAAAAGCCCUCCUCCUUUCCCUCUGGAAAGACUGACAGCAUGAUCCACCAAUCAGAAAGGAGGAGAGAGAAGGAACCAGCAAGGGGGAAUUGUGGGGAGAGGAAGUGGCUGGGAGAAGGAGACUGGGUGUGUGUGGAGGUGAUGGUGCACAGCUAGACUCACUGGAGGUUGGGGUGUCGUCCCCUCUCAGUGUCAUCAGUGACCAGCCACUCUGUGUGCCCUGCUACAGCUGUCAUUACUGCCCAGGACUGGAGGAGAUAUACAGCAGCUGGUAAGGACUUUGCUGAACUCUGAGUGGACAUUAUUAGUAUAACCCUGCUUGCUGUUCACUGGAUUUCUGGGUCUCCCUGAAUAAAGAUCACCUUGAUUUUCAUUAUAA